CAAUGGCUGUAGCUCAAAAGCAGAGAGAUUGCCCUCCUAUUCCUUCUCUCAUGGUCCCCGACCUUGACUAUGAGUUUCUCUUGUUAAAGCCAAGGAAAAAGCUGGGGAGGCUACCGAUGACCAAGGAAAUGCUCUUUCAGAAAGAAACUUCGGGUUCGGGGUUCACCACUACGGCUGCUAAGCAAGCAAUCAAUAAUGCAGAGAAGUUAAAAAGUGUUAAAAGAAAGAGAACAACAGUCAACAGCUUAUAUACUACAUCCAAAGCUCAGUCUUCUGUUUCACAACAAGCAAAAGAGGUUCAAGCAAUUCUAGAUCCCAAAUUCCCUAGCCUUGUCAAGACUAUGCUUCCAUCUCAUGUUACUUUUGGAUUUUGGCUGGGUCUCCCCAAGCACUUUUGUGAUGCACAUUUGCCUAAGCAUGAUACUAAAAUUGUUUUGGAAGAUGAAAGUGGGGAAGAAUUUGAAACAAAAUAUCUUUGGGAAAAGGUGGGACUAAGUGCUGGAUGGAGAGGGUUUUCUAUUGCUCACAAGAUACUGGAGGGAGAUAGCGUGAUUUUCCAUUUAGUCAAGCCUUCCAAGUUUAAGGUAUACAUUGUGAGAUCUAAUCAUUCAGAUGAAGUGGAUGGUGCUCUUGCCCUCUUAAAGUUGGAUGCUUGCAUGAAGCAAAUGAAGUGCAAUACGAAAACCAAGGCUUGUGAAGAGACGGUAAAUGAGGGUUUGGAGCCUCUUUCUCAAGAAAAUGCUAAAAGGAAUAGCCUGACUGUCUAUGGUACUGAUCUUGGGCCGAUAUCAGAUCCUUUAGAAGAUCACAGUGAUUUUGGCUCAGAAAUUUUGGAUGGAAUCAGAUUAUCAGAAUCUGUUGUUGAUUUCAAACAAGUUAGAAGUAUUGGGGAUUUCAUCAUUCUCGUUAAUGGUUUGGUUAUAAACUCUGAGCUUUCCAAAUUCCUUGUGACCAAGUACUAUGAGCUCUGUUGCAGUCAGAAAUCAUUUCUUCAUGACCAUCUCCUCGAGGGUCUUAACUGUAAGUUAGCUGCUGGAAUAAUUUCUGAGACUAUUAACAUUGCCGAUGCCAUUAGAUCCUGCAAGAUUUGCACGUCACGAGAUCAUUUUUCCACUUGGGAAAAGACUUUGAAAGCUUUUGAGGCAUUGGGCAUGAAUGUGGGAUUCCUGAGUGCUCGGCUAGAGCAGCUUGUGAAUAUUUCACUGAAAUCAAUGAGGUAUAAAGAAGCUAGACUUGAUAGAGCUCAUGCAGAAGAGGAGAAGCAAACUCUGGAGGCAAAGCUUGUGGAUAUAAAAGAGAAAAUGAAUAGCCUUGAUGUGGAGAUUGAGAAUCUGGAUCCUACUGCUGAGAGGCUUGAGCAUAUGUUUGAAGAACUGGCUAAUGCCCCUUGGUAAUGAGGAACUAUUGUCAUUGGUUCACAGCUUUUGUGCAAAUUCCAGGGCCUGGAAUAUGUUGAUGCUUGAUGGUGAAGAGAUGUUUUAUUUUAAUGGUAUAUAUGUUUUUUUGUGAAGUUUCUCUCACACAUAAAUUGAUAGUUUCACAAAGGAACACUUUUCUCAGCACUAUAACUAUCUUUUUGUAAGUUAAGGUGAUUAAUGUAAUGAUAGGGAUGACUAGAGAAACUCAUACAACUGUUAGCAAUGGCCAGAGGAGAUGGUGUAUCUAUUGAUUCUCUUUUU